CUCCUUCUGUCGAGGGAGCUGUUAAGGAAGCUGCCGUCGUUUGUUGCUACCCAAUUGGCGAUUGUGCCAAUCUCACUUUCUUUCUCAACUCCCCCCCCAUUGCCCUCGCGCUUUCCGUUUAGAGAUUUCCAUCUCUCUUCUCGAAAAGACAUCCUCCUUCUCCUCUAUCACCACCACCACCACUCCGAUCUACCUUCGGCUCACAACCCGGUUCUUUCGUUCUCAUCAUCGUUCGGGCUAUGACCAGCCCAUCGCGCGAGUAGCUCGUUCUAUUCGUAGUCGGCUGACGUCUUCGUCGUCGUCCGCAACAUCGGAUAUGAAUUUACUCUUCUUCAACGCUACUCAACACGUCCACGCCGUAGACCUUGCGUAAUCCCACAGCGUACUGAUCCGACCUGCAAACCACAGCCUUGCCCGCGCUCCUGGGCCGCUCUGGGUUUGAGUCGCCUCGGGCACUGAAAUCCCCCACAGGCCGUGCCUUUCUCAGAUCGCCACACCCAUUUCGUUCGUCCUGGGAGAAAACAACUCCCUCUUCAACCUUCUUGUCAAUAUGGCCUCCCUACCAAGGCCUACCGCCCAAGGCGAGGCAAACAUGUCAGAUGUGUGGGAGAAAUUGAAGCUCGUUCUCCUCAAGAUCUGGGGUCAGACGAGCCGCCGGAUGAGGGUCACUGGUGCCUUCGUCCUCUUUCUUGGCGUCUCGGUAUGGCUCUCUCUGCCCACGAUCAAGACAAUGACUGUACCGCAAAUAUCUCUCGAAUACCCGCACUCGCCUUACAAUCACUCCAAGGUUGCCCUCCUCAUCGAGAACCGAGCCAACCCCAUUCUCGCGCCCCUGAUGCUGCACUUCAUCUCCGUAGUGCCCCCUGAUUGGCGCUUCCGCUUCAUGGGUUCCAUUGAAUCCGUCAAGUUCAUCAACCAGUCCGUCGCAAUUCGCGAACAAGUCGCCGCCGGUAAACUGGACCUAACCUACAUCCCUUCCAAUAUGAGCACGGCUGGCCAAGAGAUGAUCAGUCGCUUCUUGACGAACCUUUGGCUCUAUGAGACGGUCCUGCAACCUGCCGAGUGGCUCCUCGUCUUCCAGACCGACAGCAUCCUCUGCGCCAAUAGCAAGCAGAACAUCAAUGACUACCUCGAAUAUGACUGGAUCGGUGCCCCCUGGAACCCUGGCGGUCGCUGGGGAGGCAACGGUGGCCUGUCCAUCCGUCGUGUCAGCGCCAUGAUCGACAUUCUGAGGCACCAGAAGCGCGUUGACGGAUCCGAGCCCGAGGACGUCUGGCUCGCCGAGCGACUUGCUCACCGGCCGGGAAGCAAGGUAGCCAACGGUACCGUGUCGUUGACUUUUAGUGGCGAGAUGCACUCGGGCGAAGGCGCCAAGGUCAACAAGGGAGGGGAAAAUGCGACGCUCGAGGCAGCCGCCGGGGGAGAACUUGUCACAGGUAUUGACGACCACCGCGAGGGCUUUUACGAGCCCAUGGGCUACCACACUGGUGGCAGUGGAAUUUGGCUCCACGGCCCCAUCUGGGGUACUCCGGCACUGCGCAAGCAUAUCUGGGAGUAUUGUCCUGAAGUCAAACUUACACUGGCCAUGGAUGCAGCCAAGUAUGUGCCUGGUAACUGCAAGGCAAACUGGAAGAGGGGUCUUGAGAGCACAGAGAGCGAGCCUGGGGCAGAAAUCGACAGCGAAGUGGAAGCUGAUGAGGACGAGGCUGAUUCACAAUACCCUUUUGGAACUGAGGUCAUUGAGGGGAGAGAGUACCCAAAAUUGCCACCCAGUCUGAUGGCGUGGUGAUGCCUGAUCAUCCCUUCAGACGAAGACCCAUUCCCUUUUGAACCUGCCAGCACCAUAUGCGACGGAUCUGGGACAAAAUGAACGCAGCGGGCAGAGUUUAUUACAUUGCAGGCAUUUCGGUGGCAUGGCACUCGGCUUGGCGUUUGGUGGUCAUUUGGUCAUACAGGGUGUUCAGACAAGAUAGCUUAGGAAAUGAGUCAUGUAGGCAAGGCACAGAUGAUUAAGCUUUGACGAACUUUGAGGCAAGAUCCAACCUAUUGGAUAUCAUUUGAGGUUUGAAUUGCAAGGCGGCUCAAAUGAUGAUGUACAGAACGGCGCUGGCAGAGGUGUUCCUUACCCAUGUCAAGGUUUGGCCAAGAUGAUGAAUUGAGACCUGCAGACAGCACAGUUGGUU